GACCCCCAAAAUAAAAAAUAGAAAAAGUAGGCCUAAAGCAAAGUACAACAAAAAUACGAGAAAAAUGGCAGCAAUCAAGGAACCUGCAGUGCCCAACGGGCCUAAAGAGAUGAGGAAAUCAUUUCAAUAUCCAGGCGAUAUACCCCUUGAGUUAUAUGACUGGGUUCCAGCUCAGCAAGAAGGAUUCAGAGAAAAAUUGAUCAAGAAACUGAAGCAGAAUCCAUUCGUCCCAAUCGGUUGCCUGGCUACUGCGGGAGCCUUGACGUAUGGACUGGUCAUGUUCAAGCGAGGCAACACAGCCAAGUCCCAGACCAUGAUGAGAGCUAGGGUGGCGGCCCAAGGAUUCACCAUUGCUGCCAUACUGGUAGGCGUUUUCAUGGGAGCUGGAAGGACAACGCCCACUGAGGGACCAAAGUAAAGGACUCACUCAAAAUUUUGCCAUAACUGUGGAGAUUGAAAGUUGGACAGCGUGAAGUAAUUGUGCUUCCUUAUAGACUGAUUGACUUUUAAGAACAUGUCGACCAUCGGUCCUAAUUAGGGGCUAAAUAAGGGCUCCUAUACGGUAGUAUAAAGGUGAUACAGUAAUUGCCAUCAUCCACAGACCUUUUGCCAUCAUGUGUGUCGACAUUUUCCUUGUUUUUAUUCAGUAAUCUAAUACAAAUGAGAAUGAAGAAGAAGGUAUAACUUCAGUGUUGCACUUAUUUUCUUGACUAUCACACUUCAAUGCACCUUUUACCAAAGCGGAUAAUCUACAUCUAAAGCUACAUGUAUAAUAGAAUUGGAGACUUUUAACAACAGCCAAAGGCAAACUCCAAAUGUGUUUGGUCAUCUUAAUGUUAAUACCGGUUAAGGUAUCCUUUUGCCAGAGUUGGACUUCAAUUGAGUGCAGCAAAGGAACUCUAUGGAUGGAUGGUGAAUAAGUGAGACAAUAUUACAACACUUUGUGAUUUCAGGGCCCUGUCUUACAGAGUUGCAAUUGAUCCAAUGUAUUGCAACUUAACAUGAUAAGUAUUUGGCAUCACCUGUGCAGGGGAGAGGAAAAGCAUACUGUUAUCUUGUUUCUGAUGGGAAUACAAGCAGAAAAAGUACUUUACAUUGAGUGAUAAUCAUGCAUUCAUAAAUUAAAAAUAUGUUGAACUGACAUGAUUUGGCAAAUUAGAUAGCUUUUCUUUUUCCUCAGUGCUUUCUUCCUACAUGGGAGUCAUUGUAUAAAGGAUGACAACAAUUACAAUUAUAUGUAAGGGACUUGCCUUGAACAGACAGUUAAAUAGGUAACUUUACAUUUAUGAAGUGUCAAACUAAUGUUUUGUACAAGAGCAUUUCAGAUUUUGAUUGUACAGUACAAGAGAGAUCUAUCUACUAUAAUCUGUAUUUUCUUGCUGUGAAACUUACAUAAAGGUCUAGCAGAUCUACAUGUACAUUCAACUCUGUUGUUCCAGCUGUGUCAUUGAACAUUUUAACGAUAAUGACAUCUUUGACCUGGACUGAUGGUGGUCACAUCUUAAACUCCAAUUUAAACCUGGCUUAAACCCUGCACUGUUGUGAGAAUGGAGGCACAAUUUUUAU